CGCAGCUCCUCUGACCAAAAGCAGACACACUCACUCCCACACACAAACCACAGGGGAAACACUGCUGCUGGGACGGGACGAGACCGACCCUGAGCUGAACGGUGUUGCUGUUUAUUUCGAUGAAUGGGGAGAUUCUGGUGGUGUAUGCAGACGUUGACACAAGUUCAAAGCAAACGCCGCAACCGUCUGCCGGUGAGGUCACUGUGGCGCAAAGCGACCAGCGCGGACGCGCGGCGCACAUUCCGUGACAUUACAGUGGCUUUGUUGGCGCGGUGAUUGAUGUGAAGGCGCGCUGUCUUGAGUUGGAUGAUAUUAUUAGCGUUACACCCGAUCGAUUAUAUCAAGUCGACACGCGCAGGUGCUAACAACGUUUAUCGGGGGACUUGCACUGAUGGAUCGAGGAUAAGUUGUUAUUGACGAACCCAACGGGACCACAGCAGAGAAAACGAGAGCAGGUUCAUGACGACAGAUCUGAGAACGCUUUUUAUUUAAAACAAUACGUCGAGUCCAGUAAUCACUAGUGUAAGAUUCAGGGUCAUGGAAACGGUUGUACGGACGUCCCGCACCCUGAGGAUACGCAUGGUUUAAAUGCUUCCAGCACCCAGGCAGAAACAGCUCUUUGAGCAGAUGGAUCAUAUGUGAGAACUGUGAGGUAAAACAAUGGCUUUGGUCCUCUCUAUGAGCCCUUUUUGUGAACCUGAUGCCGAAGCCCCACCGUCAAUCUACCAGCCGAUCUGGGAGUCUGAGCGUUGCAGCAAGAGCUGCGUCUCCACCCGCUCACCACCAGGAGAUGACACCCAAGGGCUUAUAGAAGAGCACCUUCGUAGACGAGGCCCGGAUCAUGUGAUGGAUCAUGUGGCCGUGUCAAGGAUCUCUUAUUUUAAAAGGAAGUUUGUGGAAGAUGAAGAACCUGUAGUGAACUUCAGAGGUUACUGUCACACUGUGUCACCAGUGCUAGAGGAACGUGCUCACGUUCUCCGUCUCUCUCUUGAGAAGCUGCGUUACAUGGAUGACCCUGAGUCCUUCUUGCGGCGUUCUGUCCUCAUCAACAACCUCCUCAGACAUCUCCGAAAUGAAAUUCUCCUUCAGAGUGACUGGUGUUUCCCAUCAGGCCCUGCGCCAACAGCCUGCCCCCUGCAAACCCCAGCCCCCAACACACCUCUUCCCACUCCCACCCUGCAGCCCUGCCUGGCACCGGCCGGGACGUACCGCAAACGGCUGAGGCUGCUGAGGAGGGAUAGUCCUGAAUGCGUCCCCGCAUGCUGCUGCUUGUAUGCAGCCGGGCGUUACCUCCAGCUCCCCCUUUCUGUGUAUGAACGGGAUGUAUACUCCAGCUCUCAUCUGUCAUCAACUUCAUCCACAUCAUCAUCAUCAGUAGUUCGAUUUCCGCAGCUGUUAGAGGAGGAAGAGGACAGCGAUGAGGAAGAGGAGCUGCACUCAGUCUGUCCCGUGUUGGGUCUGUGUCAAGAUGAAACCAGGGAGCAGAACAGAAUGUGUGAGGGUCUCAGGGAACAGAGCCACAGGAAUCUGGAGAAAGAGCGAGAGAAAGGCAAAGAAAGAGGCAGAGAGAGGGUUAGAGGAGGGGAGCUUAGAGUAGGCGUUUCACAGAGAUGGCUUUCAGAUACAGUGGGUACCGGACAUCAGGAGGGCCUGACGAGAGCUCACUUGAGAGGGAAAUAACAACAGAACUUCUGCUGUGGAAACAAGGAAAAACUGCUUUCCAACAGCUUUUUAGAUCUGUUUUCAAAAAAUGAACAUCAGUGCAAUGUGAUGUUUUCAAUGUUUAGGUACUUUUGUAUUUCUGGAUUACUCAACAAGUAACAAGGGACAGCGAGUUUAUAAAUUGCCUCUUGAGAAAACCACCAUAUUGUGCCUUAAAUGUUUUCUUGUUUAAUAUGUUUGCUGUGUUUGUGGAUAUUCGUACAUAAAGCUGUUUUAUCCACAGAGAAGGUACUAAGUCUACUAAGAAGGUACUAAGUGUUUUUCAAACAUAAAACGGUUUAAAAGUGAUUUGCUAGCACACACAAAAAAAGCAUGACAUGGCUUCCUGUCCUUGACGAUUGUCAUACAUUGUCCCAAAUGCACGAAGGCCAAAAUGUUUAAAACAAUAGAUGUACUUUCAAUAGACUGAACCUCUGAGCAUUUAAACAUUCAGGAAACAAAUCCAAACAUCAACUCCGUUCAGAUAUUUCAAACUACAGACAGGCUUUUAGUCUGUUGUAUAGAGGUCCUUUCUGAUGCAAGUGAUUUUUGGCAUGAUAUAAAUCUGAGGUUUUUAUUAUAAAAUCUGUUUUUUCAUGCACUUUUAUAGUGUUUAUGUAUUUUCACAUUUUGUUUUUCAAGACAAGAUAUGAGACACUCAGACAAGAGUGGAACAUACAAACAACAGUGUUGGAAUAUAAAUAAAACAGAGACGGGUUGCUUCACCACCAAUCUUAACUGUUCUGUGUGUGUGUGUGUGUCUGUGUGCGUGUGUGUGUUCGUGAAAUGUUUUGAGAAUAAAAGAAUGAUCCUGAGCUCACAAUGUUCCUUUCCUCCUUGUGAUGUGAUUAUAGCUGGCACACAGAUUAUUUCUUUUUCUACACCCCCACCUCCACCACACUUAUUCUCUUUCUCUUAUUACUCCUGCUGUCACCUUUUCGCGUCACUAUGGAAACAAUGUUUACUGGAUGAACCGUCUGGAAUCCCCUGAGGAAAAAAGAGGUUCAUGACAAACACACAUGCCACACAAUAUAUCCUUUGGUUAUUGUGAACGCACGCUCAGCGAGGAGAUGCUUUUAGAUGAAGAACACGGUUCCAUUUAUAGUUGUAGUAAAUGUGGAGAUGGAAAUCUGCGGUAUGGCAUGUCACUGUUUAUUGGAGUUGUCAUAAAAUAUUACUAAUUUGUGUCUUUGUUGUCUUAAUCUUUUUGUAGACAAUAACAAAUAAUGACAUUAAAAAUUAUGUUAAAAGCAUAUUUCAGAUCAUUUGGUUUUGGGUGCAAUUUGAUGCAAAAUGUGUAAGUACACAUUGAAAUCAGUUUGAGACCUUUUUUAGAUGUUUUGUCUUUUUCAAAUCUCUGUCAUGACAGGUCAAGAUGUUCCUUGAAUUGGGAGCGAUGGGGACAUAUGGCAUGUGGUUAUUUUUGGAUAUCUUUAGCAUUGUCUGACCGCAGCAUUCACGCAGUUACAAAAAUAGGACAAAAAAUAUAUAUUUAUUCAGUAUAAUGCACUACUGUCACAUGGGUUUCAUUUAAACCAUAACAGUCCGUCUCAUUGUUCAUCUAACCUUUCCUGGGGCAUCGUAUGAUUUUGGUGAAUUGUUUGUGGGUGUGUUGUACUGUAUGACAAGCAUCAUGUCAUUGUCAGCUCUAAUAGACAUGCAGAGAAGCAUGAUGCCUCUCUCUCUCUCUGUUCUUCCAGCCAUGGAAUCAGUCUAAUGCCACUGGCUCACUGUCAUCCAUCAGCCUAUAACUUUGGCUGCUCGUUGUUACCAUGGCAACUGCCCUUCACCACUCAGAGGUUUUAGAUCAAAAGGCAUGCAACACUUCCUCUCAUUCCUUCUUCUUCUCCCUUUAUUCUGUUUCUUCCAUGUCAUGUAUUUGUAAACUUUUAAUGAAUUACUAAAUAAUAAGAACCACUGAGAACCACAUUGAAAAGUUCCCUCAGUUCAGUGGGAAACACCCAAAUAUUUGUUAAAAAAGGGGAGAUGAUGAACCACACAAACAACUGAGCAUUUCAUCCACACCGAUGUCCAUAAAAAUGUAUAUUUACCUAUAAAUGUGUGUUUAUGUAUCUUACAACAUGUAGCACUGUUGUUCCUAUUCUGUUGUUGAUGUCACAUGUCUUAAGUCCUAAUGCUUUGAUAUCAAAAGCAAACAAUAAACAAAACUAUAUUCA